CGGACUUAACACAGGGGUAGACGGCAGAACAGAACAACACUAAACCGGAGGAAGAACAGAACCAAAAUGACACUGGUAGAAAACACAAAACGCUGGGUCAAAAGGACCCAGGAUCGUGACACCCUCCUACAUUAGUACUACCUAAUAUCUCAGUUAUUUUGUUGGGACAUUAGCAUUGAGGCAGCACACUCAACAGACUCCUCUUCAUUUAUAUUUUCUUCACUGAGAAGAUGAACCCACUUCUUUUUUUGUGCAUCUUGUGCCUAUCGGUCCACAUCACCUACACUCGCCUACCUCCUGAUCGUAAAGGUCAGAAAGGAGAUCAAGGAGAUCCUGGGAUACCAGGAGUACCUGGACCACGUGGGAGAACUGGAAUUCCUGGACUUCCUGGACGUCCUGGUGAAAUAGGGGAUAUAGGAAUACGUGGGCUUCCUGGGCACCCUGGAGAAACAGUGUGCACUGAAGCUACAGUUGAAUCCAGUUGCCCAGAUGUUGAAACCUUAAAAAGCAGACUUGCUGAGUUAGAACUGGCCAUAAAUUAUCACUUUGUCCGGAGAGUUGGUCAGAAAUACUUUGUGUCCAACAAGGAGAGAGGCUCUUUCUCCAAGGCUGUCGAAUUCUGCUCCCAACAACACUUAGAGCUGGCUUUGCCCCAGAACGAGGAGGAGAACAACGCACUGACUCAAGUGUUUGGCGAUGAUUACAAGGCAGCUUGGAUCAGUGUCAACAACAAAAAGGCAGAGGGGAAUUUUGAGGUGGACAUGAAAAACCAACGUCUGAUCUUUACCAAGUGGGGUGAAGGACAGCCAGACAAAUCCAUCCAAGAUACAGGCUGCACCAUGCUGUCAGAAAACGGCAUCUGGCGAGUUACACCGGAAUGCUCCAUCAACGCUUACAUCAUUUGUCAGUUAUAGAAAAAUCCUGGUCCCUUGCAAAUCUCACUUUGAGGGAUUUCCCCCCACUAUCAUGUUUAUCUCAACUUUUUUAUUGCACUUUCUUAUAUUACAUGUAGAGAAAUGUUCUCAUUUAUCCCAAAGGAACGAAAAUCUAAACUUCUAAGUUAAUUACUCAUAAACAGUUUCAUUGUUUUGGGCAGAUAACACAACAUGAUGAGCAUGUAAGAUAUUAAGACAAAAUCUCAUGAGACAAACAAAAAAACGUAACUUUCAAACACGAUGAACAAUUUAGGAUAUUGUUAGAACAGACUCCUGUAUAAACGCUCAUAAUGCUGAGCUUGGAGUUGCUUAUGAAUUAUGGGUAAAGCCUCGGGGAUGUGUUUUGUAGAAGAAAGAAAACUUUGUAGUAGUAAAAAUGAGACCAACGAUUCUCAAUUGACCAACUGUAGUGAAACUCCCAAUAGCAAUGAGUUCAUGAAUGCUUUGUAAUAGAAAUAACUAUUACCUAAACAGACCUAAGUUUAAGUCAGUUAUUCUGAUGCUUGACUGAUGUAUUGUCAAUAAAACAUCUACGGUAACUCUUCAUGAUUUCAAAUAAAUGCUUUUUCAUCACUAA